GGCUCCGGAGUCGAGGCACGGCGCCGGGGCAUGCGCGACGUGUGAGCGGAGGAGAGUCUGGAGGCGCCCGUGGGCGCUGCGCCCUGGGGCUGCAGGGGUCUCAGCGCACCCGUUGUCCGGUGAUGGUUCGGGCCGUCCUGGCCUCCCGGCGGCGUCGGGGCCUCACUCCUUUGUCCCAGUCUGCGGGGUCUGGAGAAGUGGGCUGGGCGACUGCGCUUUCUGGGUGGCCUCGGUCCUCACUGGUCCUCACUGGCCUCUCCCGUUUAGGAACCGGCUGGCCUCUGAAGCCGUUGAGUCGGUGACUUUUGGUGGGAGUUCUUAAAGGAAGCAGGGCCCCGCCUAAUCUCCCAUUUCACAGAGGCCGUAACCGAGGCAGGCGCAGAGGGAGAGACCGCAGCUCCUUCCCAGCCUGGAAGCACCUGAACUCUCCCUGCCUCUCUCUCCCUGAACAGCUAGAGAGCUGUGCCGGCCAGGCGUCCUCAGCCCCCUUUGCAGGUGGGAAAAUGGAGGUUCUGAGUCACUCUGAAACUUGAGCUCCACAGCCCAAGGGAAAUGCUGUUUGGAAUUUGAACAAAGGUGUUAUCUCACCACCAGAGGGGGUCAGGAGCCAGGCUCGGGGGUGGGGGUGGGAUCGUUGCUGGGGUCAUUCUCGGCACACAAUUUCCGCUUAGUGCUCGGGUGUUCCAGGCACAUAACUUCCUCUGGGGUCUGUGCAAGCUGAGAGAUGACUCUGACUUCGACCUGUGUCCCUGCACACAUCAGCCCUCAAGACCGGGAGCCCAGCUGCCGGAGAACAUGGUGGACUACCUGGCAAACACGGAGAUCAACAGCCAGCGCAUUGCUGCCGUUGAGAGCUGCUUCGGGGCUUCGGGGCAGCCGCUGGCCCUGCCAGGCCGGGUGCUGCUGGGCGAGGGCGUGCUGACCAAGGAGUGCCGCAAGAAGGCCAAGCCGCGCAUCUUCUUCCUCUUCAACGACAUCCUGGUCUACGGCAGCAUCGUGCUCAACAAGCGCAGGUACCGCAGCCAGCAUGUCAUCCCCCUGGAGGAGGUGACGCUGGAGCCGCUGCCCGAGACCCUGCAGGCCAAGAACCGCUGGAUGAUCAAGACGGCCAAGAAGUCCUUCGUGGUGUCGGCCGCCUCCACCACGGAGCGCCAGGAGUGGAUCAGCCACAUUGAGGAGUGUGUGCGGCGGCAGCUGCUGGCCACAGGCCGCCAGCCCAGCACGGAGCACGCGGCGCCCUGGAUCCCGGACAAGGCCACGGACAUCUGCAUGCGGUGCACGCAGACGCGCUUCUCGGCGCUCACGCGGCGCCACCACUGCCGCAAGUGUGGCUUUGUGGUCUGUGCCGAGUGCUCCCGCGAGCGCUUCCUCCUGCCUCGCCUCGCGCCCAAGCCCCUGCGCGUCUGCAGCCUCUGCUACCGCGAGCUGGCCGCCCAGAAGCGGAAGGAGGAAGAGGAGGAGGAGGAAGAGGAGCAGGAGCCGGGCACCGGGGCCCCCGGGCAGCCGGCCUGCCUGGCCGGGGCCAUCUGCGGAGCGUCCAGUGGAGACGACUACGACUCAGACGAGGACAAGGAGGGCAGUGGGGAUGGCGAGUGGCCCAGCCACGUGGAGUUUUACACCUCGGGCGUCUCCUGGUCGUCCUUCCACAGCUGACGCCGGGUCUGCAGUCGUGAAGGAGGGGCCUCGGGUCACUUCCCAUCCAAGCAGACUCCACUGCCCACGGCCCUGAGAGGGCAGAGUCCCCGAAGCAGCCCAGCGCCCCCAAGGACCCUACCCCACAGUGGUGGGCACAGCAGGAGUGGCUCUUUCUCUCUAGACUCCCAGUGCCUUUUUUCUGGAUGUUGACAUCCUUCUCUUUCCACUUCAGGUAAUUAUCUUUCCAUUUAGCAGACCCAGAACACUUAGACCCUUAGGGAACAAAUGCCAUUUCUCAGCCCUAUGAGCUCUAGCUCCAGAUGACCCUUUGAAUUAGAUGACCCCAGGCACCGAUAGGGACCAGAGGGAGCUAGGACUGGAAUGAGGUCCCCUCGUCCCUGAGGCCUGGGACCACAUCCCUGCCCCGCACACAAGUACACCCCCAGGAAGACAGUCCUGAGGGGCCUCCAGGAAUCAAGGCCUGCCCAGCCACCUUGCAGACGCCCCCCGCCGGGCUGGCCGGGCCUUGUCAGACCAGGCACAUGGGCUCUCCCAGAGCCAGGCAAGAGGCCCAGGGGCUGCAGCCCGGUGUAGGGCGGCCUGCCACAGCCUCUGGCCCCAUCUGGCCUCUCUCCAGCUGUCCAGGCAUCCGAGGCCUCUCUGGGUCCUGUCCUCAUCGCUCCCUGUGGCUGGGGACAGCAGUGUUUUCUGUUAGGACUCUUAAUUGCAAGUGACAGAAACCCUACUGAGACUGACUUAACAAUAAAAAGAAAGUUUAUUGACUCGU